AUGGUGUCUAGAAGAGCUUCCUUUAACAUAACGUCAGACAUCCUCAGAACAGGUCAGACUCUAAAUGUAACCGUAUGGGAUUCUUGUAAUGGUGAUUACGAAAUUUCAUUUGGAGAUGGCGCAAAAACAAAUGUGUCCAGUCCCCAAAAGAUUGCAUCGUACCAAUAUGCCAGCGCUGGAAUCUAUACCAUCCAAGUAACAGGGACUAGCCAUCAGUCAGCACCGUGCCAGUCAUCUACAAAGUCUGUGACCGUCAGGGAUGCAAUAAAAAACAUGACCGCAAAAGUCAGCAGUACCCUCUGCAAAAUUGGACAAAAGCUGAAUAUCAGCGUAGAAGUCAUCCCAGACACCCCGGUCACUGUUUACUGGCGCUGGAACAAAACAGAAAACUGGACAUCGGGGCCCUUAGAGUGUAAAGAACUGGGAUGGCAUGAUAUGCAUGUGAUGGUCGAAAAUGUUGUCAGUGUAGUAUCCAGCGAGUGUUACAACGAGAUAUUAGUUGUUGAUUUUAAUUUUACCUUCAAUCCUGAGAUUGGGGCUCUGAAUAGUACCGUGGAGAUCACGAGAUCGGAUGUGGCACAGAUUUCGGAUGAAACAAACUACACGUUCAUCGUGGAAUUUGAAGACGAAUCCAUUCGAUGCCCCAACAAAACAAUUUCGAAGAUCUUCACAACAGCAAACCCAGAUCCAGGUCAUCUUGUCACACUGUGGAUUUACAACCAGGAGGGUCAUGCAGCGCACCUACAGAAGUACAUCAAAGUGUAUGAACCGGUUGAGCCUCCCAUCAAAGUAUCGUACAAAAAUAUCAGCGGAAAAAACGAACCGAUCGAGUUUGUGAUAGAACCUCACAAAGGGCAUGGUGUCGUAUACAGAUGGAAUUUCGGUGACAAUUCCACCAUCCAAAACAGCACCAACCGAACAAUAACUCACACGUUUUCUUCCACUGGCGAUUAUUGCGUCCUCUUGUCAGCGACAAACUUCUUCUCUGAGGCCCUAAUCAGUUUGAAAAUGAUGGUUGUAACAGCUAUAGAUGGCUUUGGGUUUGUUAAAAAUAUUACUACAGUGCAAACAGGAUAUCCUACAAAUAUUGGCAUCGAAGUAAGAAAUGGAAGUAGUGUAAACGUUUCCAUUAACUAUGGUGACGGUUCUGAACCCAUGUGGAUAGUUAAUAUUGACGACGUACUAGAUAUCUUUGUUAUCUCCCUGUGGCAUAAUUACAGUGCAGCCGGUCUUUACAAUAUCAGUAUCAAAGCAUGGAAUAUACUGAACACCGUCACAGCCAAUAGCAUAGCUGAGGUACAAGAUCCUGUACGGAAUCUUACCAUCGAGCCAAAGUACGAUACCCCAUGUCUUGAAGUAAAUGGGACACUUAGGGUCCAUCUGACCGUAAACGGGUCCAAACCUCGAUUCAUCUACGAUUUUGGCGACAAAAACAACGUGACCUCGGGUGAACUUAUUGGAAAUCACUCGUACAUCACUCACGGGAACUAUAAACUCAAUAUCACAGCUUUUAAUGGCAUCAGUAGUGUAGUCAAGAUUAGCACAGUAACAGUGUGCAAACCGGUAGUUCUCCUCUUCAACCUCAGUGUUACAAGCCCGCCAACAAAUCGUACCGAUGACGUGGAGUUCACGCUUAAUCUAGGAGAAGGUUCCGACUUCGAGUGCGUCUAUAAUUAUGGAGACGGCAGUUUUGACUUCUUCGGGAAGAACUGCUAUAAUAAAACAUACUUUGCAGACGGUGUAACCACCGAUAAAACGCCUUUUAUAAAUCUUGAGUUCAAGUCUAAACACAAUUACUCUGAUGUGGGAUUCUACACAGUUUAUGUUAACUGUUCAAACAGAUUGAGUAAGAUCAACUUCACUUCUUUUGCGGUUGUUCAAAAGCCAAUAGAGGAACUAGUGCUACCAGAGAUUUCUCCUAAGAUCCUUGGGCGUUAUAAUCCUAUCCAUUGGACAAUGGCAAACGGUACCAAUGUUACCUUCGUCUUAGAGGCAGAAGGAACAAAAAUUAGUUAUACCUCGUUCAAAACGGAUACCGGAGACUUUUUUAACACAAGCACGUCUCACAUAGGCACAGCGGGUGUUUAUCUCGUCAAGCUUCGAGCCAAGAAUAAAGUUUCUGAGGCAAGUCGCUCGAUAACCCUCAUAAUUCAAGUUGACGUAACAGAAGUGGAGUUCAAAACUUGGACAACCACCAGCGACUAUGGGUCAAACAUUCCGGGAUUUGGAAGCGAUAACAACAUAUUUCCCUGUGAGUACCCCGUAAAUUUUACCGCUGCGCCAAAUAGAGGAACAAAUCUCACCUACUGGUGGAGGUUCGAUGAUAACAACGAGCAAAACACUAGUGAAGCUUUUAUUACCCACAAGUUCGCUGAGGGUGUGAGCGAGUAUUGGACAAACGUAACCGUGUUCAAUCUUGUCAGCAGCGUGACAAGGAUGUUUUUACUCAAAACCGAGAAGAGUAUCAUGGGCCUCACUAUUGAUGAUAACAGUCCCGUAAAGAUCAACCAAACAACUUCCUUCAAACUUGGUUUUUCCAAAUUCGGAACCAAAACGUGUAUCCGUAUGGACAUGGGUGAUAACAAAGGUUUAUUCAUGUUGGGUUACUGUCAGCCUAAUGCAAAUGUCAUAGAUGAAAACUCCAAUAGCUAUGUUCAAAGCUACAUUUAUUCCUCUAUUGAUGAAUUCUGGGUGAAAAUCAACGCCACCAACACUGUAUCACGCCAAACGCUAGAGUACAAAUCGGUCAUAGUGGCACUUUCAUGCUUCUAUCCUAACGCCUCAAUGUUGGAUGUGAGUGCAAACGCGAGCCUGUUUACGGAGAAGAAACGUUCAGAACCCAUCCAAAUAAGGACCAAGUCAGAGGUUGAUUGUGAAGCUUCAAAAACUACUCUUUUUAAGUGGAAAUGUUUCCAGAUAUCAUCGGAUCCAAAAGUCUACACGCCACUUGCCGAGGGUAUUCCGAUACCUUUAACAGUGGAUGAUCAGGCUGAAUUAAACAUACCUGAAACUGGCCUUGACUUCGGCUUCUACAAACUUGAGUUCACCAUUUCCAUGGAAGGUAUUGAAGGCGUCUCUGGGUCAGCGGAAGGGUAUAUCCAAGUGGUACCAACCAACAAUUCUUUGACGGCUUUCAUCGAUGGAGGACCAUACAAACGGUACAAGUUUGGGAAAAAUAUUACUGUGAGUGCCGAGUCUUCAAAAGAUAUAGAUUUUCCGCGGUUAUCUGAUGCUUCACCGAAAUAUUAUUGGCUUUGUCGAAACUCUUCGGAGUCUGAAUUUAUCACAAGUGGAGAUUUAACCCAAAUUCAAGUUGUUGAGGUACCAGAACUUGAUGGUAGCGGCAGCCAAAACAAAACUGAGAACCGUGGAGGCUGCUUUAAAACUGGAAAAGGUCGCCUCAAUAUCGUGGGUCCUGUCGGGUACAUUGACUCCAGACGGGGAAUGUCAGAAAAUUCUACGUACUUCAUCACACUUGUCGUCAUCGACGAAAACCCCUUUUGGAGUAACAGAGCUGUCUUCAAUCAUAAGAUGGAAAUUGUCUUUGGCGACCCACCAGAAGUGGAAGUGCAAUGCAGUCCUGUCUGUCCGCCGAAAGUAAACAUCGACCAAAAACUUCCCCUGAAGGGUACUUGUAAAGAUUGCUAUGGGAAACUGAAUUUUGAAUGGAAACUGUUUAGACAUUUGAAGCCAAAUACAGAUCCUACAAAGACUGAAGAGAUGGAGCUGGUGGAGAACCUCAAAGAAAAGUCAUCAACGGGUGAUACGUCACUCAAUCUUGCACUAAAUAAAGACAUACUACCGAAAGAUCAAGAAUUUACAGCUGUAUUCAGAGCUUAUCGGCUUAGCGGGCAAUACGGGGAGUACAUCCAUACUUUUGUAACGAAUUCUCCACCAGAAAAUGGAACCUGUGAAAUAUACCCCAAGAUAGGAUAUGCUCUGAACACGUCCUUUAGGAUAAACUGCUCCGAUUGGAUGGAUCCUGAUCAACCGCUGACCUACGAGUUUGCUUACGUCAACUACUACCAGGACAACGUGUUUUUCAUGUCGCAUGAACCCACUUCGUCGUCAGUACUUCUUCCCAUGGGACACGAAUCUAAUAAUUUCACCCUGGAAAUGAGGCUUAAGAUAAUUGACAGAUUGGGUGCUGCCACCGUUAGGCCAAUUACAAUUCAGGUAAAACCUACGGACCUGAGCAGUGACAGACUUGGUGAGCUGAUUGGUGGCAAGGAUGGUUUGUUGAAAGAAGCCAAGAAAAGAGGGAACUUGCAGGAAAUGGUAGAAAUUGUUAACGCUGUUGGCUCGAUUUUGAACUACCAAGGAAGGAAAGCCGACGACGGGGCAAACAUGACUUCAGAAGAUCAGAAAGGCGUUGAUGCUCGAAAAGAACUUCGACGUGAAAUUUUGAAAGAUUUGUCCGAGUUUAAAAUGUCUACAGUGGGUCACGUCAAACUGUUGGCAUCAGCCAUUGAUGUGUCGACUGAGGUUAAAGACGAAGUAGAUACAAAAUCUCAGGAGCUGGCUUUGGUCACAUUUCGGAUAAUGGCCUUAGUAUUAACUAAAGAAUCGCAAAAUAACGCGGGAUUCAAGGCUGUUAAGGAAACCGUUACCUCAUUUCUAGGCGGACUAGCAAACGUACUUAUUUCUUCGGCCUCCUUGGCGAAGGUUGAAAACGCGGACUCAAGGGAUAACAUAACAGGUUUUACUGGUAAAAAUUCAACUGGAGGAACAGUUUCUGUCAAGAAACAGGCACGAAAACGAACGUCAAAACUCUAUUCGUUAGUUGACGACUUGGGACAUACUGUUAUGGAAAACAUGGUGGCUGGAGAGCCUUCCUUGGUGAUGAAAACCCGCAACUUCAACCUAACUGUAAAGAAAGACUUGUUUCAAGACUUGGGUAACACCAGUGUCACAGACAAAUACGCUAAAUUCAACUUGCCAUCUCUGGAGGACAUGGGGCUAGGUCUUGAUAAGAAUGGAUCACGGCAGUACACAUCUGUGGAAUUACAGAUGACCUCCAUCCCAGACAACUUAUACACUUGGUCGAACACCAGCAAACAAGUCAAUUCCUAUCAGGUCAGCCUCAACAUUAAGGACGAAAGUCGGAAGCCUCUCGACACCUCUAACUUCUCUAGAGACGCUGAACUUUUCAUACCUCGCAACGCAAGCAACCUCGCUAAAUAUGAAGAUUUCUAUGUGAAACCAUUUGGAGACAGAAAAUUCAUUCAGUAUCAUCAAGUUGACGUUAAUUCUGUAAACUACUCUGUUCACAUCCAACUGAGGCCCGUAAACGAGUCUCUUGAAAAACUUACAGUUCUUUUACGGUAUAACGAAAGACCAACCCUGGAAAACUUUGAAUACAACUGGACAAUACCGGAUCUCAGCAGUUGUUCCUAUCAAAAUGUCUCCAGGCUUAUCAAUUCGUCGUUACCAGGUUCCGCAAGCAACAUCACGAACUCGUCCGGGCGCAAUUCAUCUGGCAUUGAACAGAUCACUGUAAUUGACGUAGAAAGAGAUUGCAAAAGAGAUCCGUAUACUGUCUCUAUCAGCAAUGAAGUGGUGACUAAAAGUGGCAAGUAUUACCUUGCCAUAGUUUACGAGGAACCUGAGCCAGAGGCAGAGAAAGCAACAAGCUCUCCAAAUGUUGAGCGCAGACGAAGAGAUAUCGAUGUUGAACAUAUUCCAAUCGCCUGCAGGGGAUCUCAUGGGAGAACGAAGAGGUCAUGUGUUAUUAUACCACCACCCCCACCAAAACCAACCACUCCUUCCACACAGCUGUCCGGAACCAGACCUGCAAAUGUCGACUACCAAGGGAACCUCUUUAACCCCAAUGACACAGAGCAUUACUUGAUGAGAGUGUUUUCAUCCAAUUGUUUAUUCUGGGAUGAAAAAAGUGAAAACUGGAUUAACAAGGGAUGCAAGGUCGGAGAAGAAACCACACCUGAACUUGUUCACUGCAAGUGUAGUCAUCUCACAUCAUUCGCCAGUGAUUUUCUUGUGGCGCCAAAUCCAAUCGAUUUUGAUAAGGUUUUUUCUGCUGACCUUAGCAAGAACUUUGCAGUUUUGUUAAUGGUUUGCCUCCUGUUUGGAUUGUACUUUGUCCUUAUCAUCAUUGCUCGAAGAUUUGAUAGGAGAGACCUUGAUAAGCUUGGGGCCACAGCGGUGAGGAACAGAAACGAUGCUUCGUUUCCAUAUUUGAUAAGCGUUCACACUGGAGUGAGGCAAAACGCAGGGACCACUAGCAGCGUUUAUAUAGUACUCUCAGGUGAUGAGUGGGAAAGCACCCCGAUGGCCCUGGUAGACUUAGACCGAAAAGUGUUCCAGAGAGGCCAGGAAAACAAUUUCAUGAUUACUCUUCCGAGAAGGCUUGGAAACCUUUCCCAUAUCAGGAUAUGGCAUGAUAACUACGGGACCAAUCCGUCUUGGUACCUCAGUCGCGUGUCUGUGGAAGAUCUCCGGACGGAGGAACGCUGGUAUUUCAUCUGUGAACGUUGGUUGGCUGUUGAAGAGGAUGACGGGAAAGUAGAGCGAGUACUUCCGGUUGCAAGCGAACAAGAGCUGACUCAUUUUCAACAUCUUUUUGUGAGUAAGACCGUAAGGGAACUAGGCGAUGGUCAUCUGUGGUUCUCAGUCGUGACACGCCCCGCAACGAGCCCGUUCACACGAGUUCAGCGAGUAUCAUGUUGUCUUUCGCUGCUCUGCUGUACGAUGGUCACAAACGCUAUGUUUUAUCAGAUGGGAGGAGAGGGUGAAAAGGCGACCAUGAUUCAAAUAGGAUCGUUCGAGUUUGACCUCCGAGGCUUUAUCAUCGGAAUACAAGCGAGCUUCAUUGUGUUCCCUGUCAACUUUGCAUUGGUUCAAAUCUUCAGAAACGUGCGACCGAAACAAGUUAAACUAGAGAAAAACAUAGAGACUGUGGAAAAGCAAGAAACAGAUUUUGCUGACAUUAGCAGAUGUUCCUCCAUAGAGACGCUACAGAACGCGUCUAGUCAAGAGAAAAUAAUUGAUAAAGAGGAUGGCGGCAAAAAGGACAAGGACAAAAAGAAAAAGACCAAAAAGGGUCUUCCACAUUGGCUGGUCUAUGUAGCUUGGGUUCUAUGCUUCUUGUCGUCUGUCACCUCAGCACUUUUCACGGUCUUUUACAGUUUGUCCUGGGGACCAGAAAUCGCAAACAAAUGGCUGUUAGCCUUUGUGACGUCAUUCUUCCAGUCAAUACUAAUAAUACAGCCCUUGAAAGUGGUGUUAGUUGCCCUACUUUUUGCGAUGAUUAUCAGGAAGCCGAUAGAUUCAGGUGACGAGGGACACGACAAAAAAGAAGUCAAAGCAAGUCCCGACGGUAAGGAGACUGGGGACGACGUUCUACUUGACUACGAUGAGGAUGACGAGAGAUACAGGCCCCCGGACGAGGAUUUCUUAAAAGCUGCCCGAGCACAACGACUGAAGGAAGUGCGCAUGUCUGAAAUCAUAAAAGAAAUCGUCACCUACUUUUUGUUCGUCAUGCUACUCGUGCUGGUUGCCUAUGGCAACAAGGACCCCAAUACGUACCUCCUGAGGAAGACCCUCCAUGAAACUUUCGUGGACCUGGACCAAACCGGUGUGGACUUGGCUGACGCGAGUGAUCUAGAGCUAUUUUGGCAUUGGAAUCGUGAGACGCUGAUACCAAAUUUGUACCCAGGGCUGUUGUACAACAACAAAUCGGACAAGUACACUGGGUUCAUCUAUGACAGAAAUAACUACUUGGUUGGAAUCUCCAGGUUAAGACAGGCACGCGUAGAAAAAGAUUCUUGCGAGGUUGACGAACACUUCACGUCCUUUUUUGACAAAUGCUUCGCAGAAUACUCAAUAAUAAAUGAAGAUACAGAAGAUUACGACAUUGGUUGGAAGUUUCUAAACAAAAGUGCCGGCGAUGUGAAAUCUCGCCGCAAAAGAAGCAUUCAAGAACAAUUUGCCUUCCGCAAAGGGGAUAAAAUUCUCAAGGGCUUCGGAGAGCAACCCAAAGUUCGGCGCCGCCGUACAAUCGAACCCGUUUAUACGUCUACUUCAGGUCGUCAGCAGAGAAAACGGAAGCGUCCCGGUAGCACAGCUAAAAAUUACUACGUUUUGAACUCUGCUAUUCUACCCGACGGAUCAAUUGUUUCGUGUCCCUCCCGCUGGUUGCACAAAAGCGCGUUAGAACUCAGAGGGUAUCCCUUCUGGGGACGACUAACCCUGUACGGUGGAGGUGGAUAUCCCGCGGAAUUGGGAUACGAUUACCCUACGGCACUCACAGUAAUUGCUGAUCUUCACUCACAUAACUGGGUGGACCCACAGACGCGUUCAGUGUUCGUGGAAUUUACGGUGUACAACGCUAACAUCAACUUAUUUGGCAUAGCCUUCAUGUUCGUCGAGUUCCUGCCGACAGGUGGAGGAUUCCCUUACGCGCACUUUGCCGUGGCGAGGUUGUACAGUUAUGUCGGACCAUUCGCCAACUUCAUUCUUGCAUGUCAAAUCUUCCUGAUUCUGUUCAUGCUUUAUUUCAUGUACCGCGAAGGGAAGAAGAUGUACAAGCAACGCAAGGCGUACUUCCGCGGAUUUUUCAACUGGAUGGAGGUGACACUGAUCAUUUGCGAGUUUGCCAUGGUAAUUCUGUACUUUGCACGCCUCUGGGAGGUGGACAAGAAUCUGAUGAAGCUGCACCACAACCCCAAGGAUUUUGUUAGUUUCCAAUAUGCCGGGGCUGCGGACGAGUCGCUUUCUGUAAUUAUGGGUAUUCUUGUGUUCCUUGUGACCCUCCGAUUCCUGAAACUUUUCAGAUUCAACAAGCGAAUGUCACUGCUAGGAUCAACCCUCGGAGAAAUUGCGAAGCCUCUUGGAAUGUUCUGCAUCAGUUUCAUGAUCGUAUUCAUUGCCUUCGCACUCAUGGCUUGGCUGUUGUUUGGUCUUCAAAUCGACAAAUUUAGAAACUUCUUCAGCGUUCUUGAAACUCAAAUGAGCAUCGUUCUGGGUGAUUUCGACUACGAUGAGAUGCGGAGUGUAAACCCUCUGCUCGGACCCAUCUACUUCUUCACUUUCAUGUACUUCUGCGUCUUCUACCUGCUGAACAUGUUCAUGGCGAUCAUAAACGACACCUUUUCGGAGGUCAAGUCCUCCAAUGAUGGGCAAGACAACGAGUACGAAAUGGUGGAAUUCAUCCUAUCCAAAUUUAAAGAGAAUCUGGGUCUGAAUCGAAAUAAAAUCGGAGCUGGCAAGAGCCCGUUCGUGAAUCCGUCUUCGGGUUUUCCGUCAUCUCCCCCGUUCUCGCCUUCGGAUUACAAGCACAGGGAAGACGACUCGGUCUCGGAGAACACCGAGCAAAGCCAAAUGGAAUACGACGACGAAGAGUAUCCGACUGGACCCGAACUACACCCGACUGAACUCGUAACUCAAAACGUCUUUCGUACCCUGUCGGCGUUGAACAAGCGCCUUGACGAGUUGACGACGUUCGUCGAGGAAAGCGAAAAACAUGACGCUAGAAGCGACGAAAUGCUGCUCGACAUGAUCGAUAAAAUGAAAAGCGAAACAGAAGAUGAUGAGGUGUACGAACAGUUCCUAAAUAUGGAACAAACACAAUUGUAGACACUUCGGUGUUGUUAACAUGCAAUUUUGCGUAGUUACAGUUGUGAUUAUGUUAAAACCGAGCUCUUUUAAAUGGUCUCAAUAGACGCUUGGUUACAACGGAUGCUUGACUUAUUUUAAUUUAAGAGGCGAUAGAUCAGUUUUUCACUUUAUGCAGUAAGGUUAAACCAUUGAUUUUACCCCACGUCGAAAUGCACUUAUUUGGCAAAGUAAGUUGUAAAUAACGAUAAUUUUAGUAAAUUUUUGAUAGUGACUUACAUCUUGCUAAGAUGCAAAACUUAAUGGCAAGGACCCAAAGUAGUCCAUGAUUUUUAUUUUUUGAACAGCUGUCGAUAAUUGGUAGUUAGGACGAAAAUAGUGCAAUCGUGAGAUGGCUGUAAAUCACUAGGCAACACUAAAAAUCACAAAUUGUGAGUCACAAACAGCCACGGGAAAAAAAAAAGAUUUCAAAGCCAGCAGAGGCAAAGACGCACUCGGUGGAGUCACGGCGACAGUUAACUCAAACGACAUUUGAUCUUUGCGCACGUCACUUCUGAAUAAAACAUUUAGCAAAAAUUGACGCUUGAUAUUUGAGCGUCACAAAAAUGUCUUUUAAAAUGUACAUAGUGUGCACAUUAUUCUUUAAUCAGCGUAUUUUCCUAAAAGCCUACUGGCAAAGUCUCGAUGACAACUUCUAAAGUUUACAAGGGACCUGUAAGAAGCUCGCAUAAAAAGGCACAAUAUAUCAACAGAUGGAAAGCACGGGGAAAGUUGUGUUCUCGCAACUAUACCUGACUGGCUAAGAAAUUGUGUUUUUAAAGAUUUGAAAUGAUUUCUCCAGUACCUUGAAGUAGUAGAAUAGGGCACAGUAAAUAAACUAACAAUGCAAAUAGUUUGCUGUCUUUACUAUCAACACAUUGUAAGUUGGGGCAAUUUUUCCUCACAUGUGUAAAAAUGAUCUCAACUCUGUCACACUAUAGAACACUACGCGCAAGUUUCCUUUCGUUCUUUAUAGUAAAAAUCACAUUUCAGCGAAAUGAGAAGCUCGGCAGUUUCCACAGAAAGUUGCUUUUAAAACCUGUAAUAGUACUAUGGUUACAUAAACUAACCUAAUCUGAUUGAUAAAAAUUAAUUGACCUUUUCAUUAAUCAAACUGGUCAUCAUUUAGAUAAGCAGUUGAUGUUGACUACCACGACGUUUUUGUCCCAAUCGAAAGGGAAUCGUUUUGUAUUGAUAAACAUUUGUAAAAUAACAAUGUUAUUGUAGAAUUGAGUCUGACUCACACUAAUUAAUUAAACUAAGAAUCUUUGCUCAACAAUUGAUGUUGAAUUUUAAAACGUUUUUGCCACA